AUGGAGAAACUGCUUCUGAUGGUGUUGGUUGCAACAUGCUGGGCACGACCCCAAGAUCUAUCAGGGAAAGUGUUGGUCUUCCCUAAGAAAACCAAUACAGAUCAUGUGAAGCUCAUCACUUCUAAAACCACAUUCAACUCUGUGACUGUCUGCUUCAGAUUCUUAACAGAUCUCACCAGAAAUUAUGGACUUUUCUCCAUGGCCACUCCGGUGUUCAGCAAUGACUUUUGCCUCUUUAAGAUACAAUCACAGGAUGCCAUCCGAAUGCAUGCUCGGGAUGGAGUAACUGAUUUCCAGUCACUGUCAUUUCCUCCAAACACCUGGCACUCGAUGUGCUCCACCUGGCGCUCUGACAACGGGUUAGCUCAGCUGUGGGUGGAUGGUAAGCCAACAAUCAAGAGAUUCAUUCACUCUGGUCAGGCCAUCAGCGGUGUACCCAUCAUAAUCCUGGGCCAAGAACAGGACUCCUAUGGUGGACAGUUUGAUAUAGACCAGUCUUUUGAGGGCAUGAUUUCAAGACUCCACAUGUGGGAUUAUGUCCUGUCAGAGAGUGAGAUUAGACGUUAUGUGUCAGACCAGAACUUCACCCCUGGCAACGUGUUAAACUGGAGAGCCCUGGACUUUACAAUGUCAGGAAAGAUUGUGGUGGAUGAGGAGCCUAGGGUUGUGUAA